AAAGGUGGUCUUGACUUUCCAAAAUGCUGAGUGACGCUUCGGAUUUUAACAGCUCAGGCUCUGGGAGCGAAGGUUCUGUCUUUUCAAAGACCGAGCACAGCGCCAUUGCAGCUUACCUGAUUGUGGCAGGUAUCACAAGCAUUCUCAGCAACAUAGUAGUCCUGGGUAUCUUCAUCAAGUACAAGGAGCUGCGGACACCUACCAAUGCGGUGAUUAUCAACCUGGCUUUCACCGACAUAGGGGUCAGUAGCAUCGGCUAUCCCAUGUCUGCGGCUUCAGAUCUGCAUGGAAGUUGGAAAUUUGGACAUGCAGGCUGUCAGAUUUAUGCAGGACUGAAUAUCUUCUUUGGGAUGGUGAGCAUUGGCUUACUCACAGUUGUAGCUAUGGAUCGAUACCUGACCAUCAGCUGCCCUGAUGUAGGAAGAAGAAUGACCACCAACACUUACCUCAGCAUGAUCCUGGGCGCCUGGAUCAAUGGCCUGUUUUGGGCUUUGAUGCCCAUCAUAGGAUGGGCUAGUUAUGCCCCGGAUCCUACUGGGGCGACAUGUACCAUAAACUGGCGGAAAAAUGAUACCUCGUUCGUGUCUUACACCAUGAUGGUUAUCAUGGUGAACUUCAUUGUGCCCUUGACGGUGAUGUUUUACUGUUACUACCACGUCAGUCGGUCCCUGAGACUCUACGCCGCCAGUGACUGCACUGCGCAGCUCAACAGAGACUGGGCAGACCAGGCAGACGUAACAAAGAUGUCUGUGAUAAUGAUACUGAUGUUUCUGCUGGCAUGGUCCCCUUAUUCCAUUGUGUGCUUAUGGGCUUGUUUUGGAAACCCAAAAAAGAUUCCUCCUUCAAUGGCUAUUAUAGCUCCACUGUUUGCAAAAUCCUCUACGUUCUACAACCCCUGCAUUUACGUGGCUGCAAAUAAGAAGUUUCGGAAGGCCAUGUUGGCCAUGAUUAAAUGCCAACCUCACCUAGCAGUGCCUGAGCCAAGUACUCUACCAAUGGAUAUGCCUCAAAGCCCAUUGGCUCCUGCGAGGAUAUGAAAUGCAAGAAAAGAAUAUACCACCAAACAAUUGAUUUGCUUAUUUUUUGGCAAUACACUAACUUUGAUUUAAAUAUGGAUCCAUUUAAACCAAGUGCAGACAUAGACUAUCGCCUUACUGGACGGCAGGUUCCUCCCACCCAGCCAGCCCAACUCUGCUUGAGCAGUAGUUGCCAUAGAGCCUUCACUACGUCCUCAAGGAUAAUUGAGUAGCUAUACUUGCUUUGAUGAAUCCAGGCACACAAAACUACAGUCUCUUUUCUUUCUUCUUAAAAGGCACACAUUAUAGUAGAUUAAUGACCUGUAACUUGAUUAAGUUUUCCAUUAUGCAAGAAACAGCUAUCAGAAUGCCAGACAUAGAAAAUUAUAAUCCUCAA